CCCUCAUGUGGAUUCUAGACUCGGAGGGUGACUUUUUGCAGGGAAAGAGGGUGUGGUUGAAACCCGGGAAGAAGUAUCUCUUUGGCCGCAGCAAGCAAGAUGACGUGCGACACGCCAUUGACCACAAUUCAAUCUCGCGAAAACACUUGAUCAUCGAGGUGUCACCGAUUGACGAAACCGACCGGUCCGACAUCCAUGCGAGAUCGAAGCUUACCGUGACGGAUCUGAAGUCGAAAGUGGGCACCACUGUUGAUGGGGAGGCGAUAAAAGGGGAGAGCAGGACGCUGGGGGAUGAUGAACACACCGUUAGGCUGGGGAGGUACAAGCAUGUCUUGCGAUUAAAAUGGCAGCCAACAGUGCUUAGCUUCUCCUUCUCCUCCAAAGAACUCAAAGCGAAAGACCCCCUCGCCCACGUCCGCUCGCGGCUCGAAGACCUAGACAUCAAGACCAUCAUCCCGUUCGUCGUCGGCUCCACUACGCACGUCGUGCAGAAUAAGCGCAAUACGGCAAAGGGGCUACAAGCGCUGGUCAAUGGGAAAUACAUCGUCAAGGAGACAUUUAUAGAUGCACUGGUGUACGCCGCGACGCCCAGCGAUCUGGACAAUCUGGAGUCGCUGUCGCCGUUGGAGGCGGACUUUGACUCCGCAUGGCCGGACGCGAUGGAGCAUCUUCCUGCGCCGGGAAAGGAAGCCGUUGUCCGUCCGACCGAGGCGUUCGUGCCGAAUCCUGACCGGAUCAAUGUGUUUGAAGGGUACACGUUCGUUUUCGGUGAUCCGGGGCAGUUCGAGAACCUGCAGGCUUUCAUCACCGAGGGGCAUGGGAGGCCUUUGCUAUACCCGAUUGAAAAUGGCGUCACGACGGCAGAGGAAAUUGUGCAUUUUAUGGAAGAGGCAGCUGGACCCAAUGGGCUAGGAAGCCAGCGGGAUGGUCCUGGGGGGGUAGUUCACGUUCGAUACCAUGCCAAGGGACGCUACGAAGACUGGUCCAUCGAGCUCAGCAACCAGGUAGCGCUGAAAACGGACCAGCGCGUUAUUGAGCAGAGUGAGUUCCUGGAUGCUAUUCUCGCCAACAACGCCGCUCCGCUGUGUCGCACCCUGCCGGUUUCCUCGCCGCAUGAGGGCGCCACCGCGGAGAGGCUCUCUACGUCGGCCUCAAACUCGACUACGCCAGCCCCAAACUCGACUACGCCAGCCCCAAUUUCGACUACGCCAGCCCCAAACUCGAAUACGCCAGCCCCGAACUCCAAUACCCCCGAUCUGGCCGACUCCCAGCCGUCGGAGGAGCCGAGUCAGCCAAAAGCCAAAGUCAAACGGUCCCGCAACUACGUCAGCAAGAUGAAGACGUUUGACGACGGGUUCGACAUCAAUUCCAUCCCGGCGUAUGCACCCGAGGACGACGACCCGGAGUCCCUUCCGCCAAUGGCGACGGAGGCGGAGCCGGAGGCGGAAUCAGAGCCGAUGGAGGUGACUCAGCCGGCUGAUAGUCUCCAGGAAGAGGAAGAUGUCGUGUCUAGCCUGCUUCCGGGCGCGGCGGCGAUGAAGCGUCGACGGGCAGAGACGGUGCAGCGGUCCACUAGCGACCCUUCCCAACAGGUCGAGAAAACGGAACCCAAGGCGAAGCGACAGAAGCUGGACGUGCUGGACGCGGCGCGACGGCAUCGCGAGGCGGAAGAGAACGCUCGUCGGGAGGAAGAGGAAGCGUCGCAUCGGGAUACACUAGAAGACGCGGACGUGGAGAAGCUGAAAGGGCUUGCCAUCGUGGAAGAGAUGGAGAUGCCUUCGAGGAGGACGACGGACGAGGAUGACCGAUGGGACGAGCGAUGGAAUGGGCGGAAGAAUUUCAAGAAGUUCCGGCGAAAGGGAGACCGCAAUCAACGCUCUCGGAUCCAGACUCUGAUUGUGCCGUUGGAAGAGGUAACCCGCCAGGAUUUCGGGAUCGGGGAGCAGCACUGGGUCAGUCGGCGGCCGUCGCCGGAGGGCAACCGACCCGAGCGGAGCAUUCCAACCGAGCCUGUCGACGUGGACGACCGAAGCGAGAUGCGAGUCCAGUCCACCGGGCGGACUGCGUCCGAGACUCCCGCUCGGAGUCAACCUCGGAGCCAGAAACGCGUGCGGGACGAGUCCGGGUCGGAUAGUGACGAAGAGACGCGGUUUCGAUUUCGGCGACGACGAUAGUCUGCCGUCUUGGGUGUUUCUCGCGUUGAGAUCUACUCCGUACAUCCAGAUGGACUAUUGAAUGUAAAGUACACCCGCCCUGGUGGUGGGGAUCAAUAAACCUCAUCCUUACCGUGAUGGAUCCAGCGGGUCCGCCCGGCGGGACCAAGACUAUGUUAACUAGUCGCCGCCAAUAGUCAGUAAGGUUAUCGGGGAUCUCCUUGAUUUGGAUUCUUCCCCACUGGCUCUGGAUGAUCGAGUAGUCUGAUCCGGUCCUGGAAUCAGGUUGGAUCCCAGAUGAGUACCAAUGGUCUGUCAACACAGGGAGUGGAUCCUGGGGGGAGCGAACCAGGAUCGACAGUGGAAUUCCUGAUCGUCAGUUUCGUUGCGGCCCAAAUCGAAGGAGGGGGAAAGGGAUUAUUGAAUGUCCAGGAGAUCAUUGAAGGGGGAAUAUUGGGAGAUGGAACUGAGGUGUCAGAUAGAAACCAUCCAGGGAAAUCAAUGCUGGGGAGAUCAAGGGGAAGAAAAAGAAUCCCGAAAUAAUCAAGAUGAAUCGAUCGGCUGAGAAGGGAAAUUGGUCACCUGUUCCUUUUUCUUUCUUUCUUCUUUUCUCUUCUCUCUUUUCUCUCUUUCUCUUUCUCUUUCUUCUAUUU